AUGAAUCCUGGAUUACCAUGUGAUGAUUUCCUUCAGUCGGCAAAAUUGCUCAAUUUAUGGAGAAAGUCUGAUGAUCGUGUGAGGUAUGAGCUUAAUGCUCAGAUACCGACGGUGUCAUUUCAAAAUAAAGUAGAUUGUUCUACGAAAUGUAGCGAAUUCAUCGAAAAGAUGCUGACAGAUCAUGAGGGACGCAGUAAAGCUAUCAAGGAUUGUAUCCGAUAUUCAACUGACAAACUUCACUCAUUAAAUAGUUCUUAUUCUGAAAACAGUGACGAUAUGAACAAGAAACAAAUAACACGUGAAAUAAAAAAGAAACAGCUCCUGCUACGACAAUUUCAAAGUGAAUUGUUGGAAGAAGAAGUAAUUCAGACUGCAGCUUUAAAAGUGAUAUAUGAACGUUGUCGUGAACAUUUAAGGCAUCCUAUUUUUGAAAAAUUUAAGUGA